GUGGGGGCAGGUGCAGCUACACCACACGCCCCUCCAUGCAGCUGCCCUGCUCCUCUUGGAUCCAGCUGUCAUGAGCACCACGCCCCCCGCUCCCAGAUGGAGGGCUGUUACCUGCUACAUGCUGCUUUGGGGGCGGGGGGGCUUACAAUGUGCUGGGCACUGUGCCAAGCCCUCCAUACAAACUGCAUCAUUUGUUCUCACUCUGAUCCUGUGAAGCUCAGAGAGGGUCAGGGACUUGCCCAGGUCCAGGCCACACAGUUGCUAAGCAGUAAAGGCAGGACUUGGACUCCAGCUUCUCUAAUAUCAAAGUCCGUGUUCUCUGACUGCCACUCAUCAUCUGUGUCCUCCACACUGGACUCUGCUCUCUCCUUCCUAAAGCUCUGCUGCCCAGCAUCCGCUCUGGUACUUGGCAGAGUUGGGAGAAUGAGUGAGUGGAGGAAGGAACAAACAAAAGCACAAGGUGUGCUAAGAUAGGUGCUGAAAGAGACGCCCAGAGAGCUCGAGUCCAGCGGAGAAGAGAUGAGAAUAAACUCUGAAGCUACAGGCAGUACGGACCUGAAUCAUCAGGAAGCCCGUCAAGGAGGGGAGUGGCUUUCUGGACCGGCAAGUGGACCAUAUAAGCCCCGGAGGGCUGGCGCUGCUCUGAUCCCUUCCACUGGUUUCUGCCUGCCAGAGGAGCACCUUCAAACAGCUCUCGUACAGCACCCACCAUGUCGCAGGCUGGUGCUCCGGAUGCCCCCAUCAAGAAGAAGCGCCCCCCUGUGAAGGAGGAAGAUCUGAAGGGGGCCCGUGGGAACCUAGCCAAGAACCAGGAGAUCAAGUCCAAGACCUACCAGGUCAUGCGGGAGUGUGAACUAGCCGGCUCCACCGCCCCAUCAGUGUUCAGCGGCAGCCGGACUGGCUCGGAGACUGUCUUUGAGAAGCCCAAAGCUGGACCUGCCAAGAGUGUCUUUGGCUAAGAAGUGCACGCCAUUCCCCUCACCGCUGUCAACUCCCAGACGCAGGAUCCUUUCCCCAAAACUUUUUAUGCCAGAAUGCACCUUCUCGUCUACUGCCUGAGGGACUGCCACCUGCCCCUCACAGCCCGGGCCCCUCGGCCCAGGGACUCUAUGCCAGCACCUGGAGAACAGCAAUAAAGAGGACGCCCAAGUGGCUCCAGCGUU